UUUAUCGCACGCGAGGCCCUGAGAGACCGUUUCCAGCGCUGUUACACCAAGUUCCUUCUUCCCUCUAAACCCUGGUUUUUCUCCAGGCCGGCAGCGCUUCGCUGAGAAUGAGCUCGCCUGUGAACGAUGAGAACUGUGGAGUUCUCCCUCUCGGCAAGCACAGCUCUUCUGAGGCGACCGGUGAUAUCUUCAGCUGUGCUCAGCCCACAGGAAGACCUUCAAUCCUGCGCCAGUCCCAAGUGGACAACUUGCUCCCCAAAAUUGCACCUAAGGGAGUAAAGGUGUGUUUUCAGACCCCAAGACGGGAUCCUCUCACAAACCGCAUAGUAUCUCCCACAAAGUCCCUCGGCAUGGCUGUCCCUCCGGGUUUAAACGACUGCGCGGACGUGUCACACAAUGUGUUUAAAGAAGCUGUUUCCAUGGAGGCUGCAGAGCAAGAGGCAGAUGCCAACCUGGGUGUCGGUUGUACAAUCGUUCCUGUGGAAGAUGUGCCAAUUCAGAGUAAGGGAAGUUACAGUUGGGAUUUUGAUAACCACGAGGCUGUGAACCCCUUCAAGGGUUCAAAUCUUCUAGGCUUCUCCCCAAGCAAUACUGGACCCUCUGAGAAGGCACAACUCGUGAUCCCUUGUGACGUCGAUGAAACCCCUGAGGCUAUAGGUGGCCAGACGUUGGAGGCGGCAGCUGAUGUAGCGGGACUCUUGGAUGAUACCCUUCCUUUUGUACCCGUGGAUGGUUCGGUAUCUGAUCUGUCCACAGGGAGGUGUUCCUCUGACAGCACCUUGAUUAUUAACAUAAAGCACCUGUCAGAGACGACUCUGGAGAUGGAUGUGGCUGCUGAACAAGAAUGCAACGCAACUAACAAUGACACUCAGACAGACAGCCCUCUGUUGCAUGCUGAGCUACACAACUUGUCUGCACCCUUGAGAGAAGCCUUGGAUUUCAUGUCCCAUGAUUCUUUCAACCCGUUGCAAGCUGGGGAAAGCAAACUUGAGAAUCCUGCUGCAGAUGUGAACGAAUCACGGGGGUCUCAGCCAGAGCAGAAGAGUCCGGUUCAGCCUGCAGUGGAGCUGAGCUCUGACACUGCGAUGGAGGUCAUCCCACCCUCAGCAGACACUGGGGAUGAAGGUGGUCACGUUGAGUCCAUAUCACUAGUCCAGGAAGUGCCUCCCUUAUUACAAGAAGAUGAUGCACUAACCACAGUACAGCCUCCUGUUGCCGAGGAGCCUCCCACAAUGCCUGAAACCAUCAACCCAGAACCUACAUUUCUGCCAGACCUGAGCCCUGACCCUGGUGCUGGCCCAAGGCAGACUGACUGUUUUCAGGGUGUCGUGGCUGAGGCAGAGGAGGAGUUUGUUCCUGGAACCACAUUCCUGUCUACUACAUUUGAUGGACAAAUAGACUAUCUGGAACAGUUUGGAUCAAGUACAUUCAAGGAAUCGGCACUGAGGAAGCAAUCUCUGUACUUGAAGUUCGACCCUCUUCUUCGUGACAGCCCCAAAAAGAUGCUUGCUGCAUCUUGUGAGCUUGGCGGCCUUCCUCUCCCUGUAGCCUUUUCCAGCAGGCUGGAGAUGCGUGGAUCUGAAGCAGGAAAGGAGAUGUGUGCAGAGAAGUCAAAUAUGUUCAGCUCUGUGGAGGACUUCCUAGCACCAGCUGUAGAUCCACUCAUCCCUUAUCCAUUGAUUGCCCCAGACUCACUGGUUCCUCACCUCCCUCAGCCAGGAAGUGCAGAGGAUGCCAUCAUAGAAGUGUUGCGGUACAGCCAGAAGGACAUGGACACUGCCCUUGCCAAGGCUCAUAAAGAGGUAACCAGCACCAACCCAAAUCCUUACCUUUUGCAGGCAAAAGAGAGAGAAGAUGAAUGGAAAGCAAAAUACGAUAAAGUGUGCACGGAUAAUUAUGAAAUGGGGAAAAUAAUGUCUGAGUUUGAGACAACAGUAUCUCAAAUCACAGCAAGGAGCCAGCAGGAGAAGUCGGCCCUGCAGGAGGAAGUGAAGAAAGUACAGCAGGAGAAGGAGCAGGUUGUGCAGGACCUCGGUGCCAUGGAGCGCUCCUUCUCAGAGGUCUUCAAAAGACUGGAGAAGUACAAAGAGAUCAUUGAGGGGUACAAGAAGAAUGAAGAAACAUUGAAGAAGUGCGCCCAGGAUUACCUGUCAAGAAUCAGAAAGGAAGAGCAGCGGUACCAGACACUCAAAGCUCACGCUGAGGAGAAGAUCGCCCUGGCUAACGGCGAGAUCGCACAGAUGCGGACCAAACAAAAGGCAGAGAUGUCCGCACUGCAGGCACAGCUGCGCAGGGAGCAGCUGAAGGUGCAGUCGCUCGAGAAGAGCCUGGAGCAGAAGGUGAAAGAAACGGAAGAAUUGACCAAGCUUUGUGAUGACCUCAUAGUGAACGUACAGAAACGCUGAGAUUCUCCUCUGUCUGUCCUCGUCUUUUUUUUGUAUUGUUUUGUUUUCAAUUUUUAAUGUUAAGCUGUCGUUGUCCUAAUAUGCAAGUGUUGGCACUGUUCUGAUGUUUGAGUUGUGCCAUGAUAAAGUGCCACAACACUGUGUGUGGGCUUUUCUUUUUAACCGGAAGUCCUGUAACAGUAGAGCGUAGAGAUACUUUACUGUAGUACCCUCUAAAGUGCCACAGCAUCAGCUCUCGUGCGCUUAAAUAAAAUGCCACCUAAAGACUGUUCUUAGGAAGUGAGAAGGGGGGGAUCUGCACUGUAGUAAUGCCCUGUGAUGUUAGACAAGUGAGAAGUGUAACAAGUGGGAGCUCAUGGAGAAAAGUAUUGA